ACACUCGAACUUAUGAAGACUGUAUGAGGGGAGGAAAGUAUAGAUUUGGGGGGAAAUAAAAUAUAGAUAUAUAGAUAUAUAGAUAUAGAUAUACAUACAGAAAUGGGUGAGCAUGUAGAAGCAGACAACGCAGAAGCCAUAAUCUCAAGGAUCGAACAUAAAUCUCGCAAAAUCGAAGCCUUACUCAAACAGUACAAACCUGUUGAAGCCCUUAAAACUGCCCUUGAAGGAUCUCCUCCUAAAACCAGAGAUGAGCGUUGCAAGUCUGCAAAUUGGAUCGUGGUGCAUAGAGCGUUAAUGGCAAUAAAAGAUGUGGAUUUAAUGUUCUCAUCUUUGGACCCUGAGUACUAUGACAUUCUCAUGAAGUACUUGUAUAGAGGAUUAUCUACCGGUGAUCGCCCCACAUGUGACCAAUGCCUACGGAUUCAUGAGAAAUUAACACAGAGAGCAGGUCUUGGAUGCAUUCUUCGUGCACUCAGUGAUACUGUAAAUACGGUUUGAUACCUACAAUGCUCAUGCUCAUAAACAAUGUUGACCUACAAAUAAUUCAUGUAUGUUUUUUCUUCUAUAAUUCCUUGUUUCAUUUGUCUUCA